AUUGUGUUAUAAUAGAGUUCGCUUCAGUUUAGGAAUUUGUGUCCUGCAAAUAAUCAUCACAUUCGCACGCAUCUGGACAUAUAAGCCACAUUUCUCAUUGGCUCAGUCCAUUCGAAAUCAACAUCUGGGAAAAGAAAAAUAAAGGAAACAAAAUUGCUUUAAUUAAAAUGGCGUUAAAUAAAUUAAGUAUUGAAAGCUUGGAUUUAGCUGGAAAAAGGGUAUUGAUGAGAGUCGACUUUAAUGUCCCAAUUAAAGAUGGUAAAGUUGUGAGUAAUCAACGUAUUUUAGCCGCUUUAGACAGCGUGAAGUAUGCUUUUUCGAAAAACGCCAAAUCUGUUGUUUUAAUGUCUCACUUGGGCCGCCCUGACGGUAAUAAAAAUCCUAAAUAUACAUUAGCACCUGUGGCUGAAGAACUGAAAACUUUACUGGGAAAAGAAGUGGUUUUCUUGAACGACUGCGUUGGCUCAGAGGUAGAGGAGAAGUGUAAGGAUCCAGUAGAAGGCAGUGUUAUAUUAUUGGAAAAUCUUCGCUUCCAUGUGGAAGAAGAAGGCAAGGGUGUCGAUAAUAGUGGCGCGAAGGUUAAGGCUGAUCCUGAGAAGGUAAGGGCUUUCCGUGAAAGCUUGUCCAAGUUAGGCGAUGUUUACAUAAACGACGCCUUUGGCACAGCCCACCGCGCUCAUAGUUCCAUGUUGGGCGAGGGUUUCGAAAAGCGUGCCGCAGGACUUCUGUUAAACAAGGAACUUAAGUACUUUUCACAAGCUUUGGAUAGUCCACCCAAACCCUUUGUCGCAAUUUUGGGCGGCGCCAAAGUUGCGGAUAAAAUUCAAUUAAUUGGUAAUCUGUUGGACAAGGUAAAUGAAAUGAUUAUCGGCGGAGGCAUGGCUUUUACCUUCCUAAAAGUAUUAAGAAAUAUGAAAAUCGGGUCUUCGUUAUUCGAUGAAGAAGGUUCAAAGAUUGUUCAAGAUUUGGCGGACAAAGCUCAAAAAAACAAUGUUCAGCUCCAUUUACCAGUGGAUUUUGUAUGCGGUGAUAAAUUUGCCGAAGAUGCAGUUGUAAGUACAGUUGAAGAUGGUAUCCCUGAUGGUUGCAUGGGCUUGGAUAUAGGUCCUAAGACUAGAGCGGCUUUUGCUGCACCGAUUGCUGCGGCUAAAAUUAUUGUCUGGAAUGGCCCUCCUGGCGUAUUUGAAUUUGAUAACUUUGCCCAUGGCACUAAGAGUCUCCUGGAUGCUGUCGUAGAAGCUACCAAACGAGGAUGCAUUACUAUUAUUGGCGGUGGCGAUACAGCUUCUUGCUGCGCGAAGUGGAAUACCGAAGCGCUGGUGUCUCACGUUUCAACAGGAGGAGGCGCCUCGCUAGAACUCUUGGAAGGAAAAACACUGCCUGGUGUAGCUGCUUUAAGCGACAUAUAACGAUUACUUUAACUAAUACUUUAAACACAGUCUAAAAUCAAAAGGCGUGAGGCUGAUGAUGAUAUGGUUUUUUUUCUUUUUUCUUUUGUAUACAAUAAAUCAUAGAAAAAUUAUGAUAGUUGUGCACUAUUUUAAUGCAAUAA